UUCAAGUAGCGUUACGUUAGCUAACCUGACGCUGGUCCGCUAACUUAUGCGUGGUCAGCCAACCGAAGUAUGGGAUCUUUUGACUCUCCGUUUAGGACUCGCUAACGUUAAAUUAUAUUUAAAAAAUAUAUAUCGCUUCGAGCGUGAAGAUAUGGUCGAUGUAUUCGCCGUUUUUAUUUGGUUGAAUUAUUUUUACAAACGGAAAUGCGAGCCUGUGCGUAACAGCGAACUCUUCUCUGUAUCCCUCAUCUCCUCGAUCAGCGUUAGCUGUGAUGUGAUUAUGAAUAACAGCCGUCGGGGGAAGUUUUAAUUGCUAUUAUCACACAGCUGAAUGGCCACAAUAGCACAUUGUCUGCUCUUCAUUUGACGCCCGUAUGCUGUGAACCGCUUUAUUAUUAUAUUCGUGGCAGAAACAACCGAAGAGACACACCGCAUCCUCUGCGCUGUUAGAUCACAUCCUCCAACACAAAAAAAAAGAUGUCUUUCUUCAAUUUUCGGAAGAUAUUCAAGUUGGGACCCGAUAGGAAGAAGAAGCAGUACGAACACGUGCACAGAGACGUUAACCCGGAGGAGAUAUGGGACAUCAUUGGGGAGCUGGGAGAUGGAGCGUUUGGGAAAGUCUACAAGGCUCAGAACAAGCAGAACGGGACCCUCGCCGCCGCCAAGGUGAUCGACACAAAGACGGAGGAUGAAUUAGAAGAUUAUAUGGUCGAGAUUGAAAUUCUGGCCUCCUGCGACCACCAUCACAUCGUCAAACUGCUGGACGCUUUCUAUUUUGAAGGCAAACUAUGGAUUCUGAUAGAGUUCUGUGCGGGUGGUGCAGUGGAUGCCAUCAUGCUGGAACUCGAGAGGCCCCUGACGGAGCCCCAGAUCCGCGUGGUGUGCCGCCAGACCCUGGAGGCCUUGUCUUACCUCCACGAGAACAAAGUCAUCCACAGAGACUUGAAGGCCGGGAACAUCCUCCUCUCUUUGGAUGGAGAAGUGAAACUGGCUGACUUCGGGGUGUCUGCUAAAAAUACCAAGACGUUCCAGAGAAGAGAUUCUUUCAUCGGCACUCCGUAUUGGAUGGCCCCAGAGGUGGUGAUGUGCGAAACGUCCAAGGACCGUCCGUACGACUACAAGGCCGACAUCUGGUCCCUGGGAGUGACCCUUAUAGAGGUGGCGCAGAUUGAGCCACCCAACCACGAGAUGAAUCCCAUGAGAGUGCUGCUGAAAAUAGCCAAGGCCGAGCCGCCCACACUCAUGCAUCCCUCUCGCUGGUCACCAGAAUUUAACGACUUUCUGCGGAGAGCGCUUGAUAAGAAUGUGGACAAUAGGUGGGGUACGCUACAGCUUCUACAGCAUCCUUUUGUCACCAGUGUAACCGAUAGCAGACCUCUCAGAGAGCUCAUAGCUGAAGCCACAGCUGAAGUCACAGAGGAGAUCGAGGAUAGCAAAGAGGAGGAGGAGGAGGAAGAGCCUGACACACCUGUGGCGGCUUCUGGGCACAAGCGAGCGCCGUCAGAUGCCAGUGUGGCCAGCUCAGAGGAGGACAAAGUCCCACCAACUCCCUCCACGCUGGAGUCUGUGACAGAAAAGACGGAGGCCGAGCCUGCCGAGGACCGGAUCAGUGAUAAGCUCUCUGAUGAAGGACUUGGAACAAGUGAGGUAGACAAGACCGAGGAGGAGAAACUCAACGAGGUGUCUGACGCCAGUAAUGAAGACCUGGCCUCUGGGUUAGUAGACCCCACCAAGGACGUAUCCUCACAAGGUCCUACAGAGCCUACUAGACCAGGAGAUGGUCAAGCUGAAGAGAUUCCUGCUGAGCCUGCAGUGUCACAGCCAGAAGGACCUGGAGAGACAGUGGACUCCCAAGAGCUUGUGAAAGAUGUUCAAGAAGCAGAGGAGGAACAGAAGGAGACACAACUAGAGAAAGCAGAGGAUGAACCUCCAGAAGUUAUAGAAGUAGAAAAAGAGCCUGCGGAGGUGAAUGAAGAAGAAGAAGAAAAAGAUGCUGCUACAGAAAAAUCCAGAGACUCCCAAAAGCAACCUGAAGAUGCCCCAGAAGAACCAGAACCAGACUCCACAUCAGGGGAAGUGGCUCAGGCAGAAGAAGAAAGCAAAGAGUCAGAUGAGACAGCUCAGCAUAACGUGACAGAAGACAGAAUAGACGACUCUGCUAAUGGCACAGGUGUAAAUAUAGACACGCAGAAUAUAGAAUCAAAUGUGGUGGACAAGAACAUAUAUGGAGACACUGACACGAAGUUGGGCAUGGAUGAGUCGUCUGCCGUGGUUCUGUUGGAGAAAGAGGCUAAAGAGAGUCAGCCAGAGGAUGAACAAGAGAGUCGGGCCGAGGCGGAGGUUGAUCUGGAGGAACAAGCCCCAACUGAAUCCACAAAGGCAGUCAGUGAUGAAGCCAAAGUCUCCUCUGAGGACUCGGAACAAGUGGUCCCAUGUAAAGAUGUCCCUGUGAAGGAAGAUGAAGAGAACGCUCCUCGGGCAGAUGAGAGCACUUCCCAAGACGCCGUCUCCGUACGAGAGAGUGAAACGGAUUCAGAAAGCAAGAUGGAGCACGGAAGCCCUGCUGUGAUCAAGCCAGACUUGGAGAAGGACUCUGACUCUGGAAGCAGCUCUGCUGCUGAUAGCAACAGCCUUGAGCUCAAUCUGUCCAUCUCCAGCUUCCUGUCAAAGAGUAAAGAAGGGGGCUCUGUGUCUAUGCAGGAGUCGCGACGUCAGAAGAAGACUCUGAAGAAGACGCGUAAGUUCAUGGUGGAUGGCGUUGAGGUCAGUGUGACGACAUCAAAGAUAGUGACCGAUAACGACACCAAGAGCGAAGAGAUGAGGUUCCUGAGGCGGCAGGAGCUGAGAGAGCUGCGCCUCCUGCAGAAAGAGGAGCAGAGGGCCCAGCAGCAGUUGAGCAACAAGCUGCAGCAGCAGAGAGAGCAGAUCUACCGCCGCUUUGAACAGGAAACUACUGCGAAGAAGCGUCAAUAUGACCAAGAAGUGGAGAACCUUGAGAAGAAGCAGAAGCAGACCAUCGAGCGACUGGAACAGGACCACACCAGCCGGCUCCGAGACGAAGCCAAGCGCAUCAAAGCGGAUCAAGACAAGGAGCUCUCCAAGUUCCAAAACAUGCUGAAGAACCGGAAGAAGGAGGCAGUGGCCCAGGUUAUGAUUCAGUCUUUUCAGUUGUCCUCAUGCGCACUCUUCAACGCUCAGAUGCAGGAUGAGCAAGAGUUCCUACAGAAGCAGCAGCAAGAGCUGGACGGAGCUCUGAAGAAAAUCAUCCAGCAGCAUAAACUGGAGAUCACCACUAUUGAGAAAGACUGCUUGAACCACAAGCAGCAGCUGAUGAGAGCUCGGGAGGCGGCCAUGUGGGAGUUAGAGGAGCGCCACCUGCAGGAGAAGCACCAGCAGCUGAAGCAGCAGCUGAAGGACCAGUACUUCCUGCAGAGACACCAGCUGCUGAAGAGGCAUGAGAAAGAGAUGGAGCAGAUGCACCGCUACAACCAGCGGUUGAUAGAGGAGAUGAAGAACAAGCAGACUCAAGAGAGGGUUCGUCUGCCCAAGAUUCAGCGCAGCGAUGCCAAAACCCGCAUGGCCAUGUUCAAGAAGAGCAUCCGCAUCACCGCCACGGCAGCCGUGACGCCCGAGCAGGAGAGAGAGCGGAUAAAACAGUUUGCAUCUCAGGAAGACAAGAGGCAGAAGAACGAGAGGCUCCAUCAACACCAGAAACACGAGAACCAGAUGAGGGAUCUGCAGCUGCAGUGUGACUCAAACAUCAGGGAGCUGCAGCAGCUACAGAAUGAGAAAUGCCACCUUCUGAUUGAACAUGAGACCCAAAAGCUGAAGGAGCUGGACGAGGAGCACAGCCAAGAGAUAAGGGAGUGGAGAGAGAAGCUAAGACCCAGGAAGAAGGCGCUGGAGGAGGAGUUCACGCGGAAGCUCCAGGAGCAGGAGGUCUUCUUCAAGAUGACCGGCGAAUCCGAAUGCCUUAACCCCAGCACCCAGAGUCGAGUAUCCAAAUUCUACCCCAUCCCAAACCUGCACAACUCUGGUUUAUAGCCCCCCGUCCGUCCGUCCGUCUGUGCUACAAAACUGACCCCCGGACAGACUCUUCCUGGUGGAGCGACAUGACUUCUCGCGACCGUUACGGAUAAAAAUGUCUUCACCGCUUUGAUUCCCUCGUUAGUGAGCAUGACGUGCCUACACACCGUUCCCUCACCUGAAUCAAAUCUUUCUCCGCUGUUAGAGAAAUGUCCAAUGAUAAUAAUAUGCACUUUUCUGAGCAUGUUCAAAUUUUAAAAGCCUGCAGUUGGUGGCGAAGGCCAAUCAGAUUAUCGUAUUGAAUGAACUCCAGUGCCUCGUAUGU